AUGUUAUCACAUGAUACACUUUAUUCAAAACAAGUUGUUAAAGUACAAGAUUUAAUAAAACAUUAUGAUUCAUUAUUAGCAAGUGGACAUGAACCUGAAACGCAUGCUUUGGCAGCAUUAGAACCAGUUUUAUAUGAUUUUUUUUCUUUAUUACAAUGGACACAUAUUCUGAAUAUACUUGAUUAUAUACAAGAAGCAUGGUGGUCACCAAUAUUAACACCAUCAUCAUUAAUAACACAUUUAUCUAUAAGUAGUCAAUUACAAUCUUAUUGUGAUUUAAUAUGUCAUCAUGAAUUAUAUGUUGAACAUUUUACAUCAAUAACAACACAUUAUCAAUUAUUAUUAUUAUUAUUUUUUAUUGAACAAAUUGCAAGUCAUUUAUUCGUUUGUGAAGGAAUACAUUUAUAUGAAAGUGGUCUUAUAUUAGUUUUAUUAAUUGAACAAUUUCUUCCAUUACCAUUAAAUAAACAAUUAUUACCUAAAUAUUUACCAUGA